AUGGACAAUUAAUAGAAUGUUAAUGAAUAAAAGAAAUUAUCUGAAAAAAUAAAUGAGCUUUCUUUAAAUGAAAGUAUUUCAAAUCUAAUUUAAUAAGCCGACGAUGAGAUUUAAAAAAUUAAACAAUGGAAAUUAUAGAAAGACGAGAGAAUAAAUGAAUUAUUAAGGAAAUUUCCAUGUGAAUUUCGAUAAAUGUAUGAUUGUUUGGGUCCGGUUUAUGAAAUAAAUGAAAAAUACAAAAUUUCUUACUAAAUAGAUGGGAGUAUAUAUUUUGGCCUAGAAAUGAAUGGUAUUAAAAUAGGAACAGGGAUUUAAAUCUGGCCAGAUUUAGGAAAUAUUUUGGAUGGGUAAAAAGAAAAAUAAUUUAUUAAAAAGAAAUUGGGAAAAUGAUGUAUUGAAUGGAUAUUGUCGAAUGGUGUAUUCUAAUAAAGACAUGUAUAAAGUAAUGAUAAAGGAUUAGUUUUGAAUGCUUAUUCAGUUAGGGGAAGGCAAAUGGUUUCGGAAUAUUUUAGUCUUAGAAAAGAAUAGUGAAAGGUAAUAUAGAAGUAAGUAAUUUAGGGAUUUGGAAAGAUAAUAAUUUAUAGGGAGAAGGAUAGGAGUUUAGAAAAGAUGGUUAAAGAUAUUAUGGAUAGUUUUAGGAUGGACAAAAAAAUGGUUAAGGGAUAAUCUAUUAUAAAGAUGGAUGUAAGUAAGUGUUAUAAAAUGAUAUUAAUUAGAUAUGAAGGAAGAUUAAGAAAAAACAAAUUAGAUGGAAUAGGAAUAAUGAUUUGGAGUGAUUGCAGUAAAUAUGAAGGAGAAUUUAGGUUGGGAGUGAUUAAGGGAAAGGGAAUAUAUUUAAGUGGAAAUGGAUAUAGUUUAAAGGGAUAUGUAAGUAUUAUUUAAUUUAUGGGAUUAGUUUUAAGAAGAAGUUUAGAAAGAUGGAAAUAUGAAGAUUUAGAGAAUAGUAUUUAUAAAUGAGAGUGGAUCAAAAUUAAUAAUCGAAAAAAUUAGAUAACGAUGACAAUAGAG